AUGACGACAUGUUUACUGUUCUAUCACUGCGGCGAGUGGUCCCUCAAGACCAUCCACAUUGGUGAUCACCGAAUGCCCUGGAAGAUGGCGUACCGUCUCUCUCUGUCGACUGAUGAGGGCAAAGAGUGUCUGAGCUGGAUGGUCAAAACGCCACCCAUGAUGGAAAAGCACGACUUACACUCUGGAUGGCCGCUAGAGGAGAAGGCACAAAGACAUCGCCAGGCGUGGGAGUCCAUAUUUGCCGAUCUAUCGUAUAUCGACAGGCUAGUCAGCACGGGCUGCAACGCGAUAGCCGUCUCGCGUCAAUUGCCCUUAUUGUUCAACGGGGAACUGACCGAAGACAUCGACGUCAUGUUCGUCAUUCUCGACUGGAAUGGUGACUCCGUAUACGAGGACAUACUGUGUCAGAAGACAAACCGCCUCCGCGGUUUCCUUCAUGACCAUGUAUGGGACGGGGUCAAGAGCGAAGCUACUUUGACGGGAAAGAAGAUGAAUGUGAAUAUCUGGCAGUAUCAGAGGGGCGAUGAAUGUACCGAUGUCGUCAACAUGCUGGAGCGGCUCUGCAAUAUCAACGAGGAAUCCAAGGGAUGGGAGACCUACAUGAUGUACGCGGGUGAUGCUGACUUCGGUCUGUACCGAAAAGCGGCCUUGCCCUGGAGAGGACGGAGAAACCAGGUUGCAAUAGACUGCAGUAAGUACUACUAUAAAGGUCAACCAAAGGAAUGGGUAUUUUCUGAGUAUAAUGAGAAGAGACUCGUCAAGGAAUAG